GCUGAUCCUCCCCCUUCCUAAUCAUAGCUUUUACUCACAGACAAAACUCCCUCCCUCUCUCAUUCACUCACUCACUUUAGGCCAAUCCGUCCUCCUCUCUCUCUCCCUCUCUCUUUCUCAUUCUCUCUCUCUCUCUCUCUUUUCUCAGUGUUUCUCUCUCCCACUCUGAGACAGAGUCAGAACUCCUCUCACUGACAGUCACAAACAUCUAUAGCACUUACUGAAUUCAGAGAGGGAACCUGCAAACAAAACUUCACAGAAAACUUUUUGUUCUUGUUCCAGAGAAUUUGCUGAAGAGGAAGAAAGGAAGAAGAAGGAGGAGGAGGAAGGGAGGGGGACAGACACAAGCAAACUGUGUGUGAAGUGGUGGUGGGAGAAGAAAAGCAGUGCCUUUUAAAAAGGAAUCACAACAACUUUUGCUGCCAGGAUGCCUUUCCUUCAGAAGAGAGGAUUUUUGUUGGUGCUUUGCUGGAUUACAGUGAGGAGUUCCCCGACCCCAGGAUCUGAGGGGCACAGUUCAGUCACCGAUUGCCCAUCAUGUGCCCUUGCCACGCUCUCAAAGGAUGUGCCCAGCUCUCAGCCUGAGAUGGUGGAAGCAGUGAAGAAGCACAUACUCAACAUGCUGCAUUUGAGGGACAGACCCAACAUCACUCAGUCGGUGCCCAAAGCUGCACUUUUUAACGCCAUCAAGAAGCUCCAUGUGGGGAAAGUGAGAGAGGAUGGCUUUGUGGAAAUAGAGGAUGACAUUGGAAGAAAAACAGAAAUGAAUGAACUUGUGGAGCAAACUUCAGAGAUCAUAACGUUUGCAGAAUCAGGUCCUGCCAAGAAAAUGCUGCACUUUGAAAUUUCCAAGGAAGGCAGUGAGCUAUCAGUAGUGGCUCAAGCUGAUGUGUGGCUGUUUCUCAAAGUCUCUAAAGCAAAUCGAAGCAGGACAAAAGUCACCAUCCGCCUAUAUCAGCAGCAGAGACUGCUGCUAAAACGCAACUCCCAAGGGGUGGACGAGGAUGGAGGUUUGAAGGGAGAAAAGGGUGAAAUCCUCAUCUCUGAAAAAGCAGUGGACACUCGCAAAAGUACCUGGCACAUUUUCCCAGUCUCCAGCAGUGUCCAGCACCUCCUGGAUCAAGGAAAGAAUUCCCUGGAUGUGCGGAUCGCUUGUGAUCAGUGCCAAGAAACUGGAGCCAGCCUGGUGCUGUUGGGGAAGAGGAAAAAAAAGGAAGAAGAUGUAGAAGGGAGGGAAGGUAGUGAAAGCACGGGAGAAGAGGAGAAGGAACAAUCACACAGGCCUUUCCUGAUGAUGCUUGCCAGACAUUCAGAGGAUCGCCAGCACAGACGGCGGAGGCGGGGUCUUGAGUGCGAUGGCAAAGUCAACAUCUGCUGCAAGAAGCACUUCUUUGUUAGCUUCAAAGACAUUGGCUGGAAUGACUGGAUCAUCGCCCCACCAGGCUACCACGCCAACUACUGUGAAGGAGACUGCCCCAGUCAUAUUGCAGGAACAUCUGGUUCAACGCUCUCUUUCCACUCCACUGUUAUCAACCACUACCGCAUGAGAGGCCACAGUCCUUUCUCCAACCUCAAGUCCUGUUGUGUACCCACCAAGCUGCGGCCCAUGUCUAUGCUCUACUAUGAUGAUGGGCAGAAUAUAAUAAAAAAGGACAUCCAGAACAUGAUUGUGGAAGAGUGUGGGUGUUCAUAGGUGUGUGUGCGCAAGUGGCACACCCAUGCUCACAUACAUGUUUGGGACUGCCUUUCUACCAAUUUGAAGAAGACCAUUAAAAAAUACAACGUACGAGGGAAGACCAAGUGGGUCUAGCCUUUCCAAACAAAACAGUCACAUUUCUAAAACAGAAGCAUUCAGUGUUCAAAAAACAACAAGAGAGACAGACAAAGGAAAGAAGAAUGGCGUUGUUCUCCAGGGCUUGGAUGAGGAACAUUCAAAUGGUGCGGGCAAGGGCAUUUCCUAUCUUAUAUGCUCCAUAUUUUAUUACGUAGUAUUUUCACACUUUAUCAACAACAAGGGGAGGUAUGUUUCCCUUCCCUAUAUUACCUAUGCAUUCAAGCCCUGACAGCAGCUCGCCUAAAAAACGCAGCAAUUUGGAUGCUAAGUCCAAAAUGGUAUUAAAAUGCCCAGAAAAGCCAUGUGUAUGAACACUACAUUCACUGGCACUUUUUGCUCCCAUCCGUUUACCAAGGACGCAGUGAGUGUGCGUUUGUGUGUGUGUGUCUGUGUGUGUGUGCAGGUUUCUUCUGGCAUAUGCAUGCACAGAGCACACUUGUGUAUAUAUUUUGGUAAAAGGGGACAAUAAUGCGCAGGUGUACUCACCUUUAUCUUCUGCACUAUUUUUGCAAAAAAAAGUUUAAAAAAAUUAUAAAGAAAGAAAGAAAGAAAAUACAAAGUUACAUUUCGUAAAGGUGCUUAUGACAUUAGAACUAUGCAACCAAGUUGGUUUGAAACUGUUUACCUGAGAGAGAGAGAGAAAGAAAGAAAGAAAAAAAAUACCCAGACUUUAAAAAAAAAUGGAAGUAACAUGUUUAAUAUUUUUUUUUCUUCAAUGAGAGAUACUUGAAAGGAACAUGUUUGUCCAGCUACUGGAGCCAAACAUUUCUAUAUUUUGUAAAAAAGAGAAAAAAAAGAGGUUUUGUUUUUUUAAAAAAAUUGUUUACUAUUUGCACUACAAACAAUGUUCAACCUGUCUAAUCCUUAUUUAACAAGUA